UAACACAAAGUCGAGAGUUCUUCUAUAUUAAAUAGAUAUAAACAACACCGUCUAGAGUUCAUUUCAAAGAACAUGCAUAGAAAAUAACGAUGCAAUUUAUUAAGUAUUUAUCUGAUCACAUACAAAAACGACAACAGAUCAUGUCUUGCGGAUAUGCUGUAUUGAUGUAAUUAUUCACAAUUUGUCAUUGACAUAACAGAGCACAGGAAAGGAGAAGAAGAAGCAGAAGUGGGAGAUGGAGAUGAAGGGCAAGGCUGCAUUAGUGACUGGAGGAGGAAAUGGAAUUGGUAGAGCCCUUUGUCUUGCUCUUGCACAGAAAGGAGUGCGUGUAACAGUUCUUGAUUAUUCAGAAAGUUCUGGAAACUUAGUUGGUAUUCUGGAAGAAGAGCAUGCAAAACUCUAUAAAGAGUUUAAAAGGCCUACAGCAAUAUUUGUUAAAUGCGAUGUUACUAAUCGAGGGGACCUUGCAUCUGCUUUUUCAAAGCAUUUGGAGGCUUUUGGAAGGCUUGACAUUUGCAUUAAUAGUGCUGGUGUAGCUAAUACGAUACCUUUUUUCAAAGAUAAAAGCACUGAUGGAAGUGGUCAAUGGAGGCGCGUUAUUGAUAUAAAUCUAACGGCUCUUAUUGACUGUACUCGCCUGGCAAUUCAAAUUAUGGAAGCAGGAGGUCACAAAGGAACAAUUUUGAAUAUUGGAUCUGCAUCAGGGCUUUAUCCAGCUUACAAUAUGUCUACAUAUGCAGCUUCAAAAGGUGGCGUGGUUAUGUUUACAAGGUCACUUGGUAAUUUCAAACGCAAAGGAAUCCGUGUGAAUGUAUUGUGUCCAGAGUUUGUAGAAACUGACAUAGGAAGGAGUGCACCAUCUAAAAUCAUUGAAAUGUCUGGAGGAUAUUUACCCAUGGAUAUGGUUAUAAAGGGUGCUUUUGAACUUAUAGAAGAUGAGACAAAGGCAGGCCAAUGUUUAUGGAUAACAAAACGGCGGGGUAUGGAAUAUUGGCCAACUGCUGAAGAGAAAAAGAAGUACUUAGUAUCUUCCCAAGCAAAGAAUAACAUCUCAAAUAAAACUCAAAUGAAUUUUAAGGUUGUGCCAACAAUUACUGACAAUUUUGAAAAAGUGGUUGUUUUUAAGUUAGACCACAACUUCCGACAAGCUACCAAAAUUGAAAGAGUGCACUUAAAGCUACCUGUUAAACCUGGUCAUGUACUUGUGAAAAAUAUAUAUGCAGGAGUUAAUGCCAGUGAUGUAAAUUACUCAUCAGGGCGUUACUUUGGAAAUGAAAAGGAAGCCGGUUCUCGUCUACCAUUUGAUGCAGGAUUUGAGAGCGUGGGAAUAAUUGCAGCGAUUAGUGAUUCUGUUCAGAAUUUAUAUAUAGGUGCACCUGUUGCAGCCAUGUCAUAUGGUGCAUAUGCUGAAUUCAGUGAGAUUCCUGCAAAACAUGUAAUACCAGUGCCUAGGCCUGAUCCUGAAGUGGUGGCAAUGCUUACAUCAGGCCUUACAGCAUCAAUUGGUUUGGAACAGGCCGGAAAGAUGGGAUCAGGACAAACAGUCCUAGUUACGGCUGCUGCUGGAGGAACUGGACAGUUUGCUGUUCAGUUGGCAAAAAUAGCAGGGAAUAAGGUAGUUGCGACAUGUGGAGGGGAAGAGAAGGAAAAACUUCUUAAAGACUUUGGUGUUGAUAGGGUGAUUGAUUACAGAAAGGAAGAUAUUAAACUGGUUUUGAAAAAGGAGUUUCCUAAGGGUGUUGAUCUUGUAUAUGAAUCUGUUGGAGGAGAAAUGUUUAACACGUGCUUAAAUGCCCUUGCAAUUCAUGGUCACCUCGUUGUAAUUGGCAUGAUCUCUCAGUACCAGGGACAGAGGGGAUGGCAACCAUCUAACUACACUGGACUUUGUGAGAAGCUUCUUGCUAAGAGUCAAUCAGUGGCAGGGUUUUUCCUUAUGCAUUACAGUCAUUUAUGGCGUACACAUUUGGAAAGACUUUACAAUCUCUAUAGUGAUCGAAAACUAAAGGUUGCAUUAGAUCCAAAGCUAUUUCUAGGAGUGAAGUCAAUUGCAGAUGCUGUUGAAUAUCUCCACUCUGGUCAAAGCAUAGGCAAGGUGGUGGUCUGCAUUGAUCCAAGUUUCAGCCAAGUAAUUGCACGGUUGUAAGCAUGGGAAAUUGAACUAUUCUUGCAAAUAUGCAGAAUAAAUUGCAUGUUCACAGCAGUGCCUGCAGUAAUUAUUUUAUUUAUAUCUUUAGCUAAAUGGAGACUGGCAUCAUAUUAAUUGUAUGUAUGACAUAGUCAUUUAAAAAUGACAAUAAUAAGCAUGAUAUGUGACAAGCUCAUUUCCUAAGCAAUAUUGAGUCCCUUGGUGUAACAUAAUCUGGUUGUUAGAUGUUAACGCUCAAGGUAAAAGCUUGUACAAUACGUAGUGAACAUCAUUAUUUUAUUUGCUUGAUCAUAAUGGAAGUGAUAACAAACAUGAUUAAGUAGUAAUGAAAAUUACUUCAAUACUU